CUGUUUUCUCCGAUGUCUACGGAUAAAAGGCCUCUCCUCUUUCCCUCCAAGCAAGCGCUUCACUCCCUUUCAUUUCUUCUUUUCUUCCCAGCCAUUUUCCCGCAAUCCAAACGCCAAAGGUUUUCCAUAUUCGAUUCCCUCGCAAUUUGUACAUAUCGAUUAAAUUUCAUCAUCACAUCUUCGUAUCUUCAAGUGUUAAAGAAAUGGUGGUUUCAUCUUGGAUUACAACGACAAAAUUUUCAUCAAUUCAUCACUUUCUACAGUCCUCUCCUGUUGUUCCAACUCCACUUCCAACUUUAAGCUUCCCGGCUAGGAACAAAGGUGUCAACUUGAGCAAUUCAGGUAGAAGCUUUUCAAGGCUUUUUGUGGUUAAUUCAAGUUCUCCGACAGCUUCUUUAAAUACCCAUCAAGGAAUAUGGGAAGACCCAGAUGAUGGAAGUGGAAGUGAAUAUGAUGAAGAAGAGGAAGUGGAAGAGAAUGAUGAGACUGGUUUUCAAGAAGGAAAUGAUGUUGGGGUUGUUGACAAGUAUACAGGGAAUCAGUAUGAGGAAGACCUUGUUAAAGAGGUUGAGCAGCUAUUGGGACCAGAAGAAAAAGCAAUUCUGCAACAGAAUUCCUCUCCUAACUUGAGCAAAAUCUCAACUGCCAAAUGGAAACCACUUCAAACUCUUGCACUAUCAUUGCAGAUACCUUUUAUGGACAAGCUACUUGAAGAUGGGCUCGACAUAGAUGAGGUGGAUAAGGAUGCUCACACUGCUCUUCAUAAGGCAAUUAUUGGUAAAAAGGAGGCUGUUAUCAGUCAUCUUUUGAGAAAAGGUGCAAGUCCGCAUGUCAAAGAUAAGGAUGGUGCCGCCCCACUUCAUUAUGCAGUUCAUGUUGGUGCUAUGCAAACUGUGAAAUUAUUGCUCAAGUACAAUGUUGACGUCAAUGUUACCGAUAGAGAUGGAUGGACCCCAUUGCACAUUGCUGUGCAAAGUAGAAAUAGAGAUGUAGCAAAAGUUUUAUUGAUCAAUGGUGCAGAUAAGACCAGAAAAAACAAGGAUGGUAAAACUGCCUUGGAUUUAAGCUUGUGUUACGGGAAGGACUUCAAGUCUUAUGAUCUUGCCAAGUUACUGAAGAUACUGCCAGUUGACAGGGAUUUUUGAUGGGCAGCAAGCAAGCCUGGACUUCGUGAUGCAGUUUACAGUGGGAAAAUAUUAUUUUACUACUUGGUUUUUUAAUCGUCCAUGCUCUCCUACAUUUUCAGACUGAGCACAACUGAGAAAAUAUAUGGGUAGGGAGGAUCAUGUGAAUGAUACUCUAAUCAUCGGAAAUCCUUGAAUGUUUAGUUUGUGAUCCUGGACGUCCACUAUAACUGUCUGGAAUAUGGGAAUAUAUGGAGUGUAUUCAGAAACGCACUGAAGAGAUGCAAUGGCAUGGAGACUAGGAGCCGUUGGGCAAUCAACAUUCUUCAUAAGCCGGUCGAUAAUGUUGCUCUGUGUGAUGGCCAAUGUGGAAUGCGGACUACUAUCAUCGUAGUUGGGGAGUAGAAUGUCUAUUUUCCAUUUCAGUUUAGCUGAGAGUAUAUUGUAGUAGACCAGGCCAUUGAUUGUUCCAUUCCCUUUGUUAUAAUGAAUGUAACUUUUCCUGGA